CCAGCCAGGAGGAUGGAAGAUAACAAGCAAGGCCCAACCACCAACUUUCCAUGUAUCAGUUCUAACGGACAUCGAGGCCAGGCGUCACUACUGUGCUGUCUUGACCUUCAGCGAGGUCGUCGACAUGACCCCAUCGCGACCUGAUGACCUGGAGAACGAUGACGUUGAUGGUGCUUUGAUCAGACACACGGUCAUGUUUGCGCCAAAGUGUCUUUCACUGAUCUCUAGAUUAGAAUACUUUGAGACAUUGAAGAACUGUCUUGGUCUGAUGUACACUGUGUAUGUUGAUGGUCUUGAGGUGGAGAUGGAGACAUUGGUUGGUAACAUCCUAGGUCAUGUACAGGUACCACCUCCAGGUGGUCCACAGGUACGGUUCUCAAUAGGAGCAGGUGAUCGUCAAGCGUUGCAGCCUCCUCUUAGCGAUUCCUUACCUGUUACAAGAGCAUCUGUAGCUCUUCUUGUUCAGCAACUUGGUAUUCAUAACAUCAUCACACUCUUCUGUGCUGCUGCCACAGACCAGAAGAUUCUAUUUUACUGUCGGAGUUACACCAGACUAACUGAGGCAUGCGGAGCGCUAAUUUCACUUCUCUUCCCACUGAAAUACAGCUAUGUGUAUAUACCAGUACUGCCUGCUGCACUGACUGAGGUCUUGAGUACUCCUACUCCAUUUAUUAUGGGGAUACAUUCAGCACUAAAAGAGGAAGCUGCAGAAUUGCUUGAUGUCGUAAUUGCUGAUUUAGAUGGUGGUUACUUAUCCAUCCCUGAAUGUGUUAAUUUACUGCUGCCAUCGGAUGCUAUGUAUGAAAGAAUCAACUAUGAACUAACUAUGGUGCUGAGACCUGAUCUGAAGAUAGCUGAUCAAGCUUUUCCUGUGAGCUCAGACACACCUUCUAAACCAGAACUCCUUGACAAAGAGAUACGUGCAAUCUUCCUGCGACUCAUCGCUGAGCUGUUGCUAGGAUACAGAUCUUGUCUCACCAUCAUUAGGAUACAUCCUAGUCCUGUUAUUACUUUCAAUAAGGGAAUGUUCCUAUUCCAACACGGAGCUCUAGGAGAUGAAUUCCUCAGCAAGUUCCUGGAUGGUAUGAGCUUUGGGACAUUUGUCAACGAGCGAGGGCCUCCUUAUAGACCAUGUGACCUCUUUGAUAAGUUGAAUGCAAUGGUCACAGAUACGCUUGCUGCUGAGGAAGGUCAGCCUGAGAGAGUGUUGAGGAACAUCAGAGAUGUUGCUGAGAGACUCUAUGUCAACGAGAUUCCAUCUAUAUUGUCUAUGUCUUCUGAGGAGAAUCCAACCAAAGCACAGUAUCUACAGAAGAUUCCAAAGCCAUCAGACGGUGCAUAUACACGCAUCAAUGAACAUCAGUUCCCAACGUUAAACAACCAGAAAGUUGAAGAAGUUGUAACUGACGGCCAGGCAAAAGCUUUCCUUCAGAGUUUGAAUUCCAGUCUGUCCAAGGCAAGGAACCAGAAAAAUCAGAUAGUACCUUACAAUGCAUCCAGUAGUUUCUUUGAAGGCCAUAGGAACCUAAUCAAUAACAGCGCCAGGAGAUUAGAAGUCUUGAGGACCUGUAUCACAUUCAUCUUUGAGAAUAAGAUCCUUGAUGCAAGGAGGUUGUUUCCAGCUGUGAUGCGCUCCCUGAAGAGUAGGGUUGCUAGGCAAGCUCUUUUACAUGAGCUUGAGCUCCAUGUUAAUAAGAACAGAGCAAUGCUAGAACCACAGCAGUUUGGUAUGGUUGUCAGGUUGAUCAAUGCUGCUUUACAGGAGGAUUCGCACGGUGAAGAGUUCAGUCUGAGUAUGGACUUCCUCCCUCUCAUUUCAGCAUUCUGCCGGAAACUAUGUCCAGGCAUCAUCCAGUUUGCCUACACAGUUACCCAGGAUCAUCCAAUGUUUGCCAGUCAACAGUUCUGGGAGACGGCUUUCUAUGCAGACGUAGAGAAGAAUAUACAGAGUCUCUAUGUCACUCCAGAUAACACACCAACCAAUGAGAAGAGAGAUACGUUCAAUGAGGCAUUCGCGGCUGGUCCCGAUGCCUCUGGAUCCUCUUCCUCUAGUGCUAACGGUUUGAUCACGUCGGCUGAGCGUAGCCCGCUGGACAUUGCGGCUGAACAGCUCCGUCUUCAACCUAACAUGAACCAUGAUGCAAGGGAAGAGGCUAAGAAUAAUGAAGAGAGUAUUGUAUACAGUCAGGCUGUUCACUAUGCUAAUAGGAUGGUGUGUAUGAGAGUUCCUUUAGAUUCCUCCAGGGGUUUGAAGAACUCUAUCACAUUGGAAGGUGAUAGCGGGGGUAGCAGCAACAUCACAGGCAGUGUUGGUGGUAGUGAUAGCUAUGACGCCGAGAAUAACUUUGAUGAGAGUGACCCUAGGGACGUACCUAACAGGGUCAUUAAGUUUAUCUCAAGGUUUGUUGAUAAGGUCUGCACAGAGGCUGGUGUGUCACAUGAGCAUCUCAAGAACCUUCAUGGCCUUAUACCAGGUCUAGUAGCGAUGCAUAUAGAGACGUUAGAUGCUGUCAAUAGAGAAAGCAAGAGGUUACCACCCAUUCAAAAGCCUAAGAUCUUGAAGCCAACCUUCUUGCCUGGUGAAGAGAAAGUAAUGGAAGGCCUUCGAGGGUACCUGGUGAUGGACGGCAGGGAGGAAGGUCAAGGAGGGGUCAUGGGCGGACCUACACUCUUACCUGCAGAGGGCGCUGUUUUCCUCACCACCUAUCGAAUCAUCUUCAAAGGCACACCCAUUGAUAUGCAAGCUUGUGAGCAAGUGGUGACGAGAAGUUUCCCUGUCUCUGCCCUUUCCAAAGAGAAGAAAAUAAAUGUUACAAACAUUGGCAAUACUUUCCACCUGGACCAGUUCUUACCAGAAGGCAUUCAACUCAGAUCAAACACAUUUCAGCUUAUGAAAAUAGUGUUUGAUGCGGAGGUGAGCCUAGAGAGACUAGAAACGUUCCGUAAGAUGUGCAACAAACUAAGGUAUCCUCAAAGCAUCUUCCAUACAUUUGCCUACCCUCGCCAUCUCAUCUCACCGGCACUCUCAACUCAGAUGAAACACAAAGAGAAGAGCGCCACCUUGAGAAAACUUGCCACUAAAACAUUCCUCCGAGGGGGUAAGAAGUCCACCAAGAUGGCCUCCCGUAAGGAUAAGUACGUCCUACCCCCAGGGGGUAGUGGAAGGUCAAUGCCCCUAGCCUCAUCAACGAUGCUGAAGGACGAGGUUUUAACAUCAAGUAUGGAGAGCGUUCAGACGGAUAGUCGACCUGGGAGCAUUAUGUUUGAUGAAGAUGAGCUUUCAAACGUAGACCUGUCGUCAUUCCUCACCCUGGAGCGGGGUCAAGACUUUGGAGAUCAACCCACCCAAGUUAUAGACGAGGCUGAUAGUUCAGCAACGCUGAAACCCAGUGAUAUGCUGACAGUUGAGAAGCUUGCUGAGAGGCUGUAUGUUCAAGACUACACAAGACUAGGACUAGGUCUACUAGGGAAUGGAGCAAUAUCUAGACCGAGGGUUGGUGAUAUGUUCAAGAUUUCUGAAGUCAACAGCAAGUUUGAAGUCGCAAGAAGUUACCCUGCGUUAAUAGUGGUACCCUCGGUGCUCAGUGACGAUAGCAUACGACGCCUUGCCAAAUGUCACCGGCAUGGUAGAUUACCGGCGAUUACAUGGCGCCAUCAGCGGACGAAAGGGCUUCUGAUCCGGUCUAGUGGGUUCCAUGGCAAAGGAGUUAUGGGCAUGAUUAAGAGUGCACAAACACAGGGUUCUAGUACGGGUGAAUCGUCAAGCUCAGGAUCAAGUAAGAGCCUCGAGCAGGAGAAAUAUCUCUCAGCCAUCGUGCUUAACACCCCUUAUGGUAGCGCCCAUAAGAGUGAUUCCCUCGUCAGUCUGAACUCUAUACUCCCCCCUACGAAUAGUGGAGAGACCCCAGAUGGCACACCCACUAUCAGUCCACGCAAGGGAACACAUGGGACCGGUACAUUGCUUCAGAGGGGGUUUCUUAGGUCUAGUGGAGGGCAGAAGGCUUACAUGGGAAAACCAGGAAUAUUUGAUAUUGGUGUAGCCACAUUGAGACGAGGUAGUUAUUAUGUUUUUAAAAAAUCAUAUUAACUUUUAAAAUCAUGA